GUUGUAUCGAAAGGCGUCGGGACUGCUGGAAACAGAAAGGAAGUUAUAGUAGAAGAAGGCGAGAAACCAUUGUUCACCGUGGUUUGCUGCGAUAUAGUGCGGUCAGCUGGUGGAUUUCGCAUCAUGGCAGAGGCGGACCGACCAGGGAAGCUCUUCAUCGGUGGACUGAACACCGAGACUACCGAGAAGGCCGUUUUCAGCAAAUAUGGCAGGAUUGUCGAAGUUUUGUUGAUGAAGGACCGUGAGACCAACAAAUCAAGAGGCUUCGCUUUUGUUACUUUUGACAGUCCAGCAGAUGCAAAGGAUGCAGCACGUGAGAUGAAUGGAAAGUCUCUAGAUGGUAAGCCAAUCAAAGUGGAGCAAGCUACAAAGCCUCAGUUUGAGAGUGGUGGCAGGCGAGGACCUCCACCCAUGCACUCUCGCAGUCGUGGUCCACCCAGAGGCCCUCGUGGUUCCAGGGGAGGCCCUGGUGGUAUGAGGGGCCCACCAUCCAGAGACUACUAUGAUAAUUCAGGGAAUGUAGAACCCUUCUUUAAAGGGAUGUCAUCCAGAGGUCCCCCUCCGAUGAAGAGAGGACCCCCAGUUCGUAAUGGAGGUCCCCCACCAAAGAGGUCCGCCCCAUCUGGUCCCAUGAGCAGGCCACCCAUGUCAAGAGACAGGGAUCCCUACGGUCCACCCCCUCCUCGCCGAGACUCGAUGUCCAGAAGAGAUGAUUAUCCAUCACCACGAGAUGACCAUUACCACUCCAAAGAUAGCUACUCCAGUCGGGACUAUAAUUCUAGAGAUUCAAGGGACUAUGGCCCUCCUCCCAGAGAUUAUUCAUAUAGAGAAUAUUCCAAUUCCAGUUCCCGAGAUGACUAUGGCUCAGUGCCAAGAGGAUACAGUGACCGCGAUGGUUAUGGAGGAGGCCGGGAACCUCGCAACUAUAUGGACCGUCCGAGUGGUGGCUCCUAUCGAGAUUCAUAUGAUGGUUACGGUAACUCUCGCAGCGCCCCACCUUCACGGGGCCCCCCACCAUCCUAUGGUGGGAGCAGUGGAAGCAGUCGUUACGAUGACUAUGGCAGCAGUUCCCGGGAUGGCUAUGGCAGUCGUGACAAUUACCCCAGCAGUCGGAGUGAGCCAUAUCCACCUAGCCGUGGUGAGCGAAUGGGCAGGCAGGAGAGGGGCCCAGCUCCCCCUGUCGAGAGAGGCUACCCUCCUCGUGAUUCAUACAGCAGCUCAAGUCGUGGAGGGCCACGUGGUGGCCGUGGUGGCAAUCGAGCCGAUAGAGGAAUGGCUCGCAGCAGAUACUGAACUGGACUUGGAAGUCAGAUUAAAGCAAACAUUAGUCUCCGUGCUCAGUAAAUACGUGUUUUGGAAGAAAUCUGACAGCGCUUUCAAACUAGCCAUGUCUAAAUCUGUGGAAUAUGACCCUUAGCUUUGAAUUGUCUUGACUUUAUCAGUUUUUUUUUAAUGUGUAAACUUCUUUUUUUUUUUAAGUAUCUCUUGCUCAUGUAACAGUACAGUUACCAAGUGAGUGUUAGUUUUUGUACAUUCAUUGCUGUUUGAAUCUGCAAUGCCCUAUAAGUCUGGCUUUCAUACUCUAAUAAAGCUUUUAGUUGUACCUUCCCCACUGCUCAUCGAUUUUCAAAACACCAGACAGCAACAUGAAUGUUAAGUAACAUGAUCUUUCCAAAGUUCUUUGUAACACUUAGGUGAGUCUCUGCUCGAACUAUAUAACAGUCGAGUCAGUUGAGUUCAUUCUUAACACAGAUGUGCCUCCAAGUGGAUGUUACUGUUUUCAAGGGUUAGGCAAAUGUUACUGUCAAAACCUGCCAAUGUUGUUUCCUUGGAAAUGGAUCCAUCACCCUAGAGCCAUUUGAUGGCAUUCAACGACAAAACCAAAGGCAACAACAAAUGCAACUCGACCGAUAGUCAACAGCUGGUAAGCAAAGCAAACCUCUUUGUUUCUCAUCUGUAAAUGAGUUUCUCAUUGUCCUGUAUUGCAAUCUCCACUGAAAGGGUGAUGUUCAAGACAACUUUUGCCACAGGAGACAAAAGAUAAAGCAGGUCAACUGAAUGGGCCUUUUUCAUUGUAGUCCCGUAUCAUCGGCUGAACUUGCCAAAGUAAAGCAGCGCCCCAAGAAGUUUCGUCGUUUUUGCAACAAUGAAACUUUAACCAACACAGCCCUGAAAACUCAUCAUUUUUUCCUAACCAAUCAUUCAACUUCAGUAAAAUGAUUGGCAACAGCACAUAAAAAAAACAGGUAAAAUGUGUAAUUUUUAAGUUUUUUUUUUCUUGCUAAAAUUGUAAGCCAUUUUUAAAUUAAGAGCCAUUUUCUCAAUAUCAAAACCCUUCCCACAAGCAUGCCAAUUCAAACAAUGGAGACCUCUGGAAGAACACCAUCGUCCUAACUGCCAAACUGGACUCGAUCAAUAAAAAAAAAUAAAAAAAA